GAAGGGAAGGGAAGCGGGGGAAGGGUCCCGAAGCUGCCCGCAGCCAUGCCUCCCUUCCGGCAGGUGGGGGAGAAGCAGCUGCCCCAGGAGGUGGUCUUCAUGGCCUGGUCCCCCAAAAGGGACCUCAUCGCCCUGGCUAACAGGGCCGGGGAGGUUUUACUUCAUCGACUUGCAAACUUCCAGCGAGUGUGGAGUUUGCCUCCUAAUGAAAAUACAGGAAAAGAAGUGACUGCUCUUGCUUGGAGACCUGAUGGCAAAAUUUUGGCUUUUGGCCUCACUGAUACAAAGCGGGUUAUUCUGUGUGAUGUAGAAAAACCAGAAAGUUUGCACUCCUUCUCUGUGGACUCAUCUAUUACAUACAUGCAUUGGAUGGAAGUAACUGAGGAAAGCAGUGUUCUCACUUCCUUUUACAAUGCUGAGGAUGAAUCUAAUGUCCUUUUGCCUAAAUUACCAGCACUACCAAAAAGUUACAGUGCCACAGCGAAAAUUUUCAGUGAAGAAAAGUCAGAUGAGAUUAUGAAGCUUCUGGGUGAUGUCAGGCUUAAUGCUCUUGUCCUUGGUGGCAGCUCAGGAUUUAUUGAGAUUUAUGCUUAUGGAAUGUUCAAGAUUGCUACAGUAACUGGGGUGGCAGGUUCAUGUCGAGGACUGUGUUUGUCCAGUGAUUUGAAAUCACUAUCAGUUAUUACAGAGAUACAAGAUUCUUCAGGCAGUGAAGCAGAGAUAACAUAUUUUCAGCUGGACACCAGUCUGUUAUCAAGUUACUUACCUGAGGUAACUCGGAUGGCCCGGAAGUUUACUCACAUUUCAACUCUGUUACAGUAUAUAAAGCUGUCUUUGACAUGCAUGUGUGAAGCCUGGGAGGAAAUACUGAUGCAGAUGGACUCAAGGCUAACAAAGUUUGUUCAGGAAAAGAAUACAACCACUUCUGUUCAGGAUGAGUUUAUGCAGCUGUUGUUAUGGGGCAAAGCAAGUCUGGAACUUCAAGCAUUACUAAUGAACCAACUGACAGUAAAGGGUUUAAAAAAACUUGGUCAGUCCAUAGAGUCUUCCUAUUCCAGUAUACAAAAGUUGGUUAUAAGUCAUUUGCAGAGUGGCUCUGAGGCACUGCUAUACCACUUGAGUGAAUUGAAAGGAAUGGCUUUAUGGAAACAGAAGUAUGAAUCCCUGGGAUUAGAUGCAUCUGGAAUUGAAGAUGCUAUUACUGCUGUUGGUUCUUUCAUCCUGAAAGCAAACGAGCUGCUUCAAGUUAUCGACAGUAGCAUGAAAAACUUCAAAGCGUUUUUUCGGUGGCUCUACGUUGCUAUGUUGAGAAUGUCAGAAGAUCAUGUACUUCCAGAGCUGAACAAGAUGACUCAAAAAGAUAUCACAUUUGUUGCUGAUUUUCUUACUGAACACUUCAAUGAGGCACCAGAACUUUAUAAUCGUAAAGGAAAAUACUUCAAUGUGGAGAGAGUUGGCCAGUACUUGAAAGAUGAAGAUGAUGACCUUGUAUCCCCGCCUAAUACAGAGGGAAACCAGUGGUUUAACUUUCUCAAAAAUAGUACUCACCUUAAAGAAAGUCCACUUUUGUUUCCCUACUAUCCUGAGAAAUCACUGCAUUUUGUCAAAAGGCAAAUGGAAGGGGUCAUUGAUCAGUGUUUACAGAAGCCAGCGGAUGUAAUUGGAAAGUCAGUGCAUGAAGCAGUCUGCAUGUCUCUUUACAAAACUUCUCAAAGUGAAGAUUCCACACCUCAAUUAUCUAAACUACCAUUUUUAUGGAAUGACAAAACAUCCAAUAUACAUUAUGUUCUCUUCACCAUAUUAGAAAAUUCUGUUUCUAAAAUAUACAUUUUGAGGAGACAUACUGAUACUUCCAGGUCUGUCAGUAAUGGAAUUCUUGCAGUAGAGUUUGGAAACUUCUUGAACAACAGUAUAAAUGAGAGCUCAGAUUCCAGAUGCUACAGUUGCUUAGAUGCACAUUUCUAUGAUGAUGAAACUGUAACUGUGGUUCUGAAGGAAAGUGUGGAACAAGAGGGGAAGGAGAGAGUCUUGGCUCAGCUGCCUCUGUCUUCAGUAUACACAGAUGAGGACCCAAAUAGGGAAUUCAUUUGGGAUUCUACUAAAAGGCUGGAUGAGCAAAGCAGUGAGAUACCCACACGUGCUGUCUUGUUGGAGAAUCAGUGGAGAGUGCUGGAGAAUAUGAAAGCUCAGUAUGUUGCUGUAAAUGGUAUUAGAAAAGUUUCCUGUGUGCUAAGUGCAAAUCUCCGCCAUGUGAGGGUAUUUGAGAUGGAUGUAGAGGAUGAUGGGGAAGAAGAGGAAGAAGAAACGACUCAGACUGCAGCUGGGGAACCUGAUGAGCUAAAUCAGUCUGGAGAUAACCAGGACAAUGUUUGUGGUGCUUCUGCUGAAGAGCUACCUGAUGAAACUGAAGAACAAGAACCAAGUCUGGAUCCUUGACGUAGGCUUUUAUACUGGUAAAGAAACAAGACUGUAGCCUAACCUUAGGCUGCUGAGAUUAUGGGACCUGUACCUGCUCAAGCACCUGUACAGUGUUGUGUGUCAGAAUUCUGGGUUGCUUCCCAGCUAAGACUGUGUUCUACAGUAUGUUUAUUUGACUUUUUUUAUCUCACACAUGAUUUGAUAUGAACCCAGUUCCCUUGACAACUUUUUCAUUUGAAAUUUUUUAUAGGUUUGGAGGAAAGGAAAUACCAAGUGAUGUUUUUGUAGUUAACCAGUUCCAUCCUGAAUACUGUUAUUAAGAUAAAAUGAACUUGCUUGUGGAAAAAAUAAAACUCAGGACUGAAUUCUUUUUCUUCUCAGAUGUCAUCUUCUAGUAAUGGGUGCAGUAGUUUCCUGUAGAGCCAAAAUUUAAGAGUGUGUUUGGACAAGAAGCUUGGGAAUUAGCGUAAGAAAAUAAAAUUUAGCAACUGUUUACUUAAUAUACUUAAGGUAUAUUAAGUGAACUUUAACUUCAAUACCUGUUUCUAAAUACUCUUAACAUCUGUACUCAGUAAUGCAGUAUUUCAGCCUGUACAGUUCUUUAGUCAUCAGUGAAGCAUUUCUUUGUGAGUGUAUUUUCUCAAAUGUUUGCAUGUCACAGCCUGCCUGGGCUCUGUGACAUUGCUCCUGAAAGUCUGUCUUCUCUCC